CCCCGAAUCCCCCAGAACAGUGACUCCACUUGUGACGCUGCCCCACGGCCGGGACCCGAAUCCUGUUGCCGCAAUUACUCGUGCAACUUGGCCACGUCACUAGUGGGCGAUUGUCUGCGUUGGGAAGGCUCGGUCUUGUUUGUUACACAGGAGAAAUCAUUGGGUUGUCAAGCUCAAGGCUAGUCUGUAUCCUCCAUCUUAGAAAUCGACAGGCGGGGGCUGCACGCAGAAUUCUUUCGGGGCCAACGAUCAUGGCAGCGGUUGCAGAUGAGUGGCGUGGUGUCUCUAGUGGUUUGGUCUAAUGGUACAAGCGCUAGGAAGAGAUAAGAAAUGGGAUAAUUGAGAGGGCGUUGAUUGAUGUGUGAACCGAGGUUCGUUGACUCGGUCGAUGGGGUUCACUGCAGGUUAGAGAGUUCGAGAUAUUGUGAAAACGAUGGUGAGCUUGGUGUUGCGGUUAGUCUAGAACGAGAGCUAGAGGAUCUUGGUUUGAAGAGAGUAUUCGCGUCGGUGGCUGGUGGUGGAAGUUGGUGGUAGCCAUGGCGCGCAAGCUCAUCGUGGAGGUUGUUGCUGCCAAGGCGCUAAUGCCCAAGGAUGGUCAAGGCUCCACGAAUGCGUACUGUGUGUUGGAUUAUGAUGGUCAGCGCAAGAGGACUAGGGUGAAGCCUAAAGACCUCGAUCCAGUAUGGAAUGAAAAGUUUGAGUUCACGAUUACGGAUGUCGCAAUGCCGGGAGAUUUGGAGAUAAACAUCCAAAACGAAAGGAACAGUGGCACUGGCAGGCGAAGUAGUUUCUUGGGGAAGGUCACCGUGCCUGUUAGCAUGGUUCCGAACAGACCUGAAGCUGUCAGAUGGUUUCCCUUGCAGAAGCGAGGUCUCUUCUCACAUAUCAAAGGAGAUUUGGGGCUCAGGAUUUGGUGGCAACCAACCGAUUCGGUUACGAAAUCCUAUGAAGGAGAUGGUGUCUACAGUGAAGGCCGCGUCAGACAAGAUCCUUUCGAAGGUGGAGGAGUAAGGCCGAACAAAAAUGUAGCCAUGCCAGACAGGCAGCCAGAUCCAAGGCCCAACUCAGUGACUGUCCCAGAAAACGAUUUCUUCGUGAAGGAAACCAAUCCUGACUUGGGGAAGGCCGUUGAUCAUAAACAGCACUUCGACCUUGUUGAGGGGAUGAUGUAUCUGUUUGUGCGCGUGGUUAGGGCGCGGGGCCUCCUCGGAAAGGAUACAACUGGACUGAGCGAUCCUUACUGUAAGAUUACCGUAGGGCCUGUGAAAACGGUGACCAGGGUCUUUAAGAGAAGCCUAAACCCCGAGUGGAAUGAAGUUUUUGCGGUCGGCAGGGACAAAAUUCAAGGCGGAUCCCUUGAGGUUUCAGUAUGGGAUGAAGACAAGCUUACUGGGGAUGACUUCCUUGGAGGUUUCAUGGUGGACUUGCACGGCGUUCCCUUGAGGAAGCCUCCGGAGGCUCCGCUUUCUCCACAGUGGUACAGGCUGGAGGCAAAGACCGGCACAGAAAAUGUCAGAGGAGAGAUCAUGGUGGCAAUUUGGUGGGGCACACAGGCUGACGAGGCUUUCCCUGACGCCUGGCAAUCCGACACCGGUGGACAGGCCCAAUUUCGCCAGAAAGUCUAUCUGUCACCGAAAUUGUGGUAUUUAAGGUGUAAUGUAAUCGAAGCUCAGGAUUUGGUGUCACAUGAUAAUCGCCCUCUGGAGCCGUACGUCAAAGUAUUCGUAGCUCCGUAUCAGACGUUGCGGACAAGACCAUCUCCAACUGGAACGGGUAGUCCCUUCUGGAACGAGGACUUGAUGUUUGUUGCUGCGGAGCCAUUCGAAGACAUCAUGUAUCUUGAUGUUUUAGAUCGAGAUGUGGUUCUGGGGCAUGCAAGGGUUCCACUUAACAGCAUUGAACGCCGAAUCGAUGGUCGUCCAGUUGCCUCCAGGUGGUAUGUUCUGGAUAGAGGGGGUGGAACAGGUGGAUCUUUUUUGGGCCGAAUUCAUCUUCGUCUCUGCUUUGAUGGUGGUUACCAUGUCAUGGACGAGUCGCCGAACUACAUCAGUGACACGCGACCUACUGCGAGGCACCUUUGGAGGCGCCCUUUGGGCGUCCUGGAGCUUGGCAUACAUGGAGCCAACAACCUACUUCCAAUGAAGACUACGAAGGACCACCGGGGAAGCGUUGACGCGUACUGUGUCGCUAAGUAUGGACCCAAGUGGAUUCGCACUCGCACCAUCUUCGACAGCUUCAAUCCUCGUUGGCAGGAGCAGUAUACGUGGGAGGUUCACGAUCCCUGUACGGUUCUCACUGUCAGUGUGUUUGACAACAGACACACAGUUCCGGCGGGAGACGCAGUGUCGGUGAAAGACUUGCCAAUUGGGAAGGUGCGAAUUAGGCUGUCUACGCUGGAGAGUGACCAUGUGUACACGAACGCUUACCCUCUGCUGGUUGUAACACCCCAAGGAGUGAAGAAAAUAGGCGAAGUGGAACUAGCUAUCCGCUUCUCUUGUGCCUCUACAAUGAAUCUUAUACACUCGUAUCUCCAGCCCCAGUUGCCAAAAAUGCACUAUUUCUAUCCUCUUGAUCCUAGGCAGAUGGAGAGCCUCCGAAUGGCUGCCAUGAAUAUUGUAGCACUCAGGUUGAUGCGCUCUGACCCUCCUUUGAGGCAAGAAGUUGUCCAAUUUAUGUUGGACACGGAAGCAGAGCGUUGGAGCAUGCGCAGAAGUAAAGCUAACUACUAUAGAAUAAUGGGUGUGCUGAACGGGGUGUUAGCUGUGAUGAACUGGUUUACAGACAUCUGCAGUUGGAAAAGCCCGGUUACCACAGUACUUGUGCACAUCCUGUAUUUGAUUCUUGUGGGGUAUCCGGAGCUCUUCUUGCCUACGGUGUUCUUGUACAUGUUCCUGAUCGGGUCUUGGAGCUACCGCUUUCGUCCACGGACGCCCCCCUUCAUGGAUGCCAAGCUCUCUCAAGGAGAAUACAUUGGUGACCCUGAUGAACUUGAAGAAGAGUUCAACGUGGUGCCGGCCAACAGAGCCCAAGAGGUCCUGAAAUAUAGAUACGAGAGGCUGCGUGGUGUUGCUGGUCGAAUUCAAAACGCUUUGGGUGAUCUUGCUAGUAUGGGAGAGAAGCUUCAGUCCUUGCUCAGUUGGCGUGACCCAAGGGCAAGUGCAGUAUUCAUUGCUUUCUGCUUGACAUCAUCUAUCCUUUUGUACGUAACACCAUUCCAAGUGGUGGCAGUGCUGCUGGGAGUAUAUGCAUUGCGGCACCCUCGGUUCCGUGAUCCUCUGCCUUCCAUACCCUUGAACCUAUUUAAGAGGCUACCUUCACAGGCUGACCGUAUUCUAUGAGGGUUUGUGCGCAGACCAUGCUUGCAUAAGUGGGCAUGUGCUAUUCUUAACCAGCGUUGCGUGAGUUCCUCUCUUUGUUAAUUUUGUACCAUGUCUAAACCAAAACAUUUUCGUGUAUUAUUUAGGUACUGGGAAUUUGCUCCUUUACAUUAACCCCGGGAUAUGCUCUCUGCCACUGCUUAGUUUUAAAACCGUUUUAGGCUUUUACUUACGAUUUAAAAACCUUGGAUUAUAUUGACUGCACUGCCACAACUUACUGAAAGAUUGGCAAUAAAGAUCACUAUUAUAAGAACGAA